CUCUACCUACAUUACAAUAACUACACAUCAGUGGAGAUUGCGGCCUGUAUAGAAUGCGAAAAGCACCUUCUGUUCGAAUCGUUCACUUCAAUGAUGUGUACCACGUAACCAACGAGCUUCUCAUUUCCCGCUUUGCCAGCGUGUUGCACGCGCCGCAUACUCUCCAGGAUCCGAAUCUAAAAUCCGAGGAAGACAUUCCAACCUUGCGUGUUUUCAGUGGAGAUGCUUUUUCUCCAUCAUUAGAAGCUGCGGUGCUGAGAGGAGAGCAUAUGACAGACUUGCUAAACGCUCUCAAUAUCGACGUUGCUUGCUACGGGAACCAUGACUUUGACUUUGGAGAAGACCGGCUAUCGUAUCUAUCCAAACUUACAAAUUUUCCAUGGCUACUAAGGAAUGCCCAUAAAGAUGGAGGCCUUCUUGCUGAUGCGAAACCAUUUGUAGUGAAGGAGGUUGCCGGUCACAGGUUUGGAUUUUUCGGCCUAGCUGGAACCGAUUGGCCAUCAAAUUGCCAGCACUUGCCCGAUUGCGAAAUAUCGAAUCCUUCACUAUGUGCCCGAAGUACAGCUCGCCAACUGCGCAUUCAAGAACACUGUGACUUUGUUAUAGCCGUGACGCAUAUGAGAUAUGAGGAAGACUUAACAAUCCUUUCAGGGCCUGAAGAUGGUCCGGAGAGGGUUGAUUUUAUUCUUGGUGGUCACGACCACAAUAUCCUCGUCUAUCCAUCAGACAACUGUGGCUCUGAUACUGGUAGAGACGAUCACGACCAAACAAGGCAACCUUGUACCACUACAGACUAUCCAGGGUCCCUGAGAUUGGUUAAAAGCGGUACAGAUUGGCGAUCGCUUUCUAUCUUAGAUUUACAUAUAGAACCAAAAUCCAGCCAACACGACGUCGCCAAAAUCGUGCAACAACGAUUAUUUCAAAUUCAUGACCUAGAAUCGCAUCCCAAUUAUCACGCUAUUCAAGGUCAUUCUACGAUUCCGCCCAUUCUCGCGGCGGUGCAAGAGCACGUGGCUCAUCUAGUCACCAAACCUCUGUUCCGCACCGCAGUUGCCUUGGAAGGACGGUCUACCAUUAUCCGCAGCCGAGAGACAAAUCUCGGCAACAUGCUCGCGGACAUAGUCCGUGCUUUCUAUGACUGCGAUAUUGCACUGGUUAACAGUGGCUCUAUACGCUGUGACAAAGUACUUGGGCCCAGCACAAACGGCCAUCAUCUCAGUAUUCGUGAUGCGAUUGAUAUAUUACCCUUUAACAACGCAUUUGUCUUGAGAAGUGUUUCUGGCUCACAGCUUUUGCAAGCACUUGAAAACGCUGUGUCGGAUGACCACACUGAUGGGCGAUUUCUACAAGUGUCUGGAAUGCGGUUUGCAUUUUCUUGGAGGCUCCCUAACAAGCGGCGAGUUACUAGAGCAAGCAUUGUAGAUGAUUCCGGGAUGGUGACCCCAAUAAUUCCAGGUGUUUCUUACAAGACAGCCAUGGUAGACUUUAUUGCGACAGGGUUCGACGGCUACUCCUGCUUCAAAGAUACAACUGCCAUUGUUGAUGCCGAGGGAGCUGUGACCGACACCAAGCUACUCAUGGAAAUCCUUUCAAGCGACGACGACAACAGUGUAGCCUCGGAUCAAACAGCUGCGAGCAUAGAACGAGCGAGAAAUGUUAUAAUUAGCAGAUAUCACGAAGAUGGAUUGCCGGAGGUGGAGCCUCAAUGUGACAAUCGAAUCCACAUAGAAGAGCAUUAACGUAUCGCAGCCUAUGAACGCCGCUUCGUACUAUCGUUGCAUUUUACUACGUGUCUGUGCGUCGAGUCAGUAGACAGUGGGUAGGCAAUAGCUUGCUCGCUGCUCAGCCUGCCGAUGUCAACACGCUGGAAAAGGUGCGAAGAAAGGACGGGGCUUGUUGCAGUGGGAUAUAAAUUGGUUUAUUAUUAAAUAGACACCAUGAGCAUAAUAUAAAAGUUCCCCCGACU